AUGGCGAUAGGCCUCUUGGCGUCGAUACAAGCGCUGCACAGGGCUUACAGUGACGUCAUCGCGCUGAGGUUCUCGGACGAACCCGACUUGAUGGAAAAGGUCCUGAAGUCGAAGAAUCUGUACGCGCUCGAGAUGAAGAAUAUGGUGAUCUUCUGCAACAAAAACAACACCCUUCGGGUCUUCGAUAAAGUCAGCAAAAGGAACUUGGAGUCCCCAACUGUUCACUGGUACGUCCUUAUGCAAAAUGAUUAUUCAACAGAAAUGCUGAAUAUCUUGAGGGAAGGAAGCCAGGUAACACUAGCAGUUAAGGCGUCGGAGUUUGCGUACAAAUUUUUCACGACGUUUGUGGAUUCCAACAACGCUGUGAGCAUGAAGGCUGCUGGAUCAUAUCGGUGGAACAAAGCACUCGGGAAAGUUUCCGUGGACGUCGUAAGUCCUCUAACUCCUGACCUGUUCGAUCUCUACGGAGACUUCGGAGGAAGGACCCUGAAGUCUUCUGUCGUGGACAACUGGCCCUUCUUCAAAAUCACCCCAGUCGACGAGUCCAACGCCUUGCCUGAUUCCGGCAUCGAUGCCAACGUCCUCAACAGCAUUGCGGCAAAACUCAAUUUCACUUAUAAAUUGAAAAUAGAACCUCGGGGCUCUUGGGGAGGACCACAACCAGACGGUACCAUCACAGGCAUGAUUGGAAUGUCGGCUCGGAGAGAAGUCGACUUUGCCAUCAAUGAGAUCACUAUUACGGAGUCCAGAGAAACUGUUGUUGACUUCACCAAGCCUUAUUUUCUGGAAUCGACGACCAUCGUUACGCGUGCGCCUGCGCAACUGAGCAAAGCCGGAGCCAUUUUCUCUCCUUUCACUUUACUGGUGUGGAUGCUGCUGGUACUGGCUAUAAUUCUCAGCGGACCAUUGUUGAGCCUUUUCAGCCGGGUGAUGGAGCGAUAUAUGGCUGCACCUCCCGACGACGUUCCCCUCCACAUGUUUACCUUCAACAUGUUUAGGAGCAUGGUCCUCCAAGGCAACAUGAAUGAGACCGAUCAUUGGCCCCACAGAUUCAUCUUCUUAUUCUGGUAUCUCUUCUGCUUCUAUAUUUAUGCCUUGUACCAAGGGACGUUGACAGCUGUGCUGGCAGUGCCAAAGUUCGAGAAACCCAUCGACUCGCUGAACGAUCUCCUGGCCUCCAUGAAGAAGGGCGAAUUCACCUUGGCGGUAGUUUAUGCCACGAGCAACGAGUUCAUCUUCAAGGAAGCCACUUCCGGGAUUUACAAGGAUAUCUGGGACUUGUUUAACAAAGCUAACUACGUAAAAAACGUCGACGGGGGGAUUGCCAAAGUGUUGUCGGGAAAGUUUGGAUUUGCAAAUGCCAUGUUGGCGACCGAAAUUCGCGCCACAAGAGAGGGCCGAGAAAAGUUUUACUUGGCGCGACAAACCUUCUACCCUCAGGGGUACGGGAUGGCUCUAAAUAGUGGAGCUCCUUAUAAAAGAGUCUUCGAGAGAGCGUUAACGCAACUAACAGAAGCUGGGUUGAUAGCUAAAUGGACACGCGAUGAAGUGAAUUCAGUGAAAGGGGGUGGUGCUGGUAAAGAAGAGACUAUUGACGACAGUGGCCCUGGUGCAAUUACUCUCGUGCACUUGCAAGCAAUUUUCUUCAUUCUGGCUCUAGGGAUAACAACUGCUGCCGUAGUCCUCUUCUUUGAAAGAUGGGCGUGUUGCCUUCGAAGCAAAUCUGGUAAGUUUCUAGUCACUAUUCUCUUCUGAUAUAAAUUCAAUGAGGAAAACCUUCUCUCAGUGAAUAGUUAUUCAACUUCUUUUAGGUAACAUUGGUGAUCUGAUACAAAGCUGAUAUGUUUCUC